AUGAGUUACCCUGGCUCUGUGGUCCUCAGUCCUUGGGCCACGUACAACGAUAGCAGAGUCCGUGACAUCAAUGAAACAGUUGGAUUCAAACAAACAAUCUAUUUCGCAAAUGAUUUGAACGAAUACGAAAUUAUAAUGAAGCUCAUCAAUGAAGUUAUAAGAUUCCCCAUUCGUUUUAUUCUUGUCUUGGAAAAUAUUGUGACGUCAAAUCAAGAGCUGUAUGAUUAUAUAGAAGUAACGUCGAUGAACGACCAGGCAGACUUAAUUGUAGUCAGUGAAAUGGAUACUGGUGAAGUAAAAUUAUCGACGUUUUUUCCCUACAGUGAAGGUCUAUGCGGUAAUUACACGCCAGUGUUUAUGAAGUACGGUCAAGACAUGUUUCCUAAGAAAUUCAGCAAUUUCUAUCAAUGUCCUAUAAGAACGGCCCUCUUAGAAUAUUUUCCUUACGUUACUGUACAAGCAGAAGACGGCAGGAUCAGAUCAGUCGGUGGCUAUGAUGGAAAAAUACUUAUGAUUAUACUGACUAAAUUGAAUGCUUCAUUAGAAGUUACAUCCGCUUAUAACAAUAGCAUUUUUGGAACGUACGUCAAUGGGACGGCAACUGGUUCUAUUGGAGACUUGGCUACUGAAAAAGCUGAUAUACUUAUUCCAGCUGACAUUCUUACUGAGAAAAGAUAUACCGUGACUCUACCAUCUCAUACUUACCACACAGUGGACAUUCGUUGGGUGGGCCGUAGGCAACGUGAAGUAUAUGAUUGGCUAAAAUUUAUUGUUCCUGACCAAACCAACUUUACUUAUCUACACGGUCUGGUAUACAUUUCAUUUCUUAUUUCUGCUAGUCUAGUGAUAAAAUGUAAACCACAUUUGACCAGAGCAACUAACCGCAUACUAUACCAAUCGUUUAUCAUAAUAUUGGGCCAGUCAGUAAAAUUUGUCACGAAGUCUUUCCUCCUCAAUACCCUUUUCGUGCUUUGGAUUUGGUUCUGCUUCUUCUUCAGAAUCGACUAUCAAGCAGAUCUUGUGAAUGCCUUACAGACUCCAGAUUUAGAACCACCAUUUGAAUCUAUUGAAGAUGCAGUCACUAAAGUGGACGGUUACGGUGGCGUGGAAGUAGUGGUGGAAUAUUACAAGGACACUCCAUUGGAACACAAUUAUAAAGUGAUACCAAUGAAUGAAUUGAGAAAGUACAUUCGUCGUAUCUUUGAAGGAGAGAAUUUCCUUCUAGCAACGGAUAUUGCUUUGGUUAAUCUUCUAGCACCUUACGUUCAAAUACUUGAGAAACGUAUCAGUGCUACUGGUGCUAGUUUCUACAUGCGCCCUGGGUGGCCAGCAGCCAAGGACGUAGAUGAUGUAAUAUUCAGCCUCGUCGAAGCUGGAGUUAUAGACAAAAUUUUGAGCGAUGGAAAUAACCACAAAUGGAUUUUGGAUAGGACAGACAUUCAUGAUGAAAUGAUUCCUAUUGGUAUAGAUUUUUCGAAGAUAAACACCUUGUUCUACGGUUUGAUUUUCAUGUGGGUGGUUUGUGCUAUAAUAUUGAUUAUAGAAAUAAAACAUUAUGAAAAGAAAAUGAAGAAAGCACAAAGGGAAUGA